CGUGUUCGUUCAGUUCGAUUUCAACUGUUGACGUGUUUGCAAGCGUGUUAUCGUCGUGCGUCCGCUCGUUCGUAUUUUGCUAUCGAUUCUCGUCUCGUCGCGACAACAACAAAGAAAGCUCGAAAAACGCGUCGGCAAAUUUACUAAAACAUACAGAGCUCAAUAAGUGUACCAAAAAUACAAGAAAAGAAAAACCACAGAAAGAAAACCCAGUAAAAACAAGCAGUGUGAUUGAAACAGUGUGCUAAAAAUGUAAGAUCAAAAUGUGUGAUCAACGAUCAUAGAGAAACAAAAUAAGGAAAAAACAAAAAAUCAAAAGUUUUUAACGCUAGCCACCGUGAAAUUCAUUAUCCUUAUCGAGCGAUCAGCCUUUGGAGCCCCUAAUAUCAAAAAAAAAAAAAAUUAAACAAGAAAUAAAAAACAGAAUUGCUGACACAAGCAUUCGAAAAAUCUGGCACUUGCGCUUAUCAAUUUAUUGCUAUCAACUAAAGCGCGCGGAGAACGAAGAAAAAACAAAAACAAGAAGACAUUUAAUGAAAAGUGUUUGCUUCUCUAUUUCUUUUUUUCCACUUCACUUAUCGCAGCGCUGCUUCUGCUGCCGAUAGAUAGAUAAAUUGAUUGAGUUUUCGACUCAAAAGGCAAGGCAAUGGUUAUUUGCUUUUCUUCCACCUUCGGGAGGUAACAAAUUAUGUUGCCUUAUCGCCGUUCUUUUCGUAGCGCAAUUGUCAAUUGAACGAUAGGCAUCUGGGCACCUUAAAGAUACAGUCCACACAAGCUCGGGUCCAACUUGGUCUGUAUUAUUAAUAUUUUUUUGAAGCCAAAAGCAAACAAAGAAAGCAAACACAAAAAAACUCCCGUUGAUAGUAAUCAUUUCGAAAAGAAAUCAACGAGUGCAAUGCACACAGCUCGCAGUACAAACAUAUAUGCUAUCUAUUGCUGAUAAGCCCAAAAUUCCCCAAAAAUUCGGCUACCUGUCUAAAUCAAUAUGGGAGUGUUGUCUCUGCGAUAUGGCGAUAUAUCUUGGGCAGUAAGAAACCCCACCGACAGACAGACAGACAGAUGCCAGUUAGCAAUUCAAGCUCUUCGAUAAACCUUUAAAUCGCGUCUAAUUGGGCCCACACAUCGGCACAUGGAACACCUAGAAACACACACCUGCUCGUCAAGUAUCUGUAUCCCAGGCGCCUGCAUUUGACAUCCCGCAGAUACGAAAUCCCUUUUGUUCUGUGUUCUGUGUGUGUGUGUAAACAUUGUGACAAUGCAAUUGUUAGGGCUACAUGUUUAUUAGAUCCCCUGGGCGGGAUCUCGGUCAUCAAUCAGCCGAUGAAUGCCAAAAAUCACACUCUUUAGUUUUGCCAAUUCCCACACUCACCACACUACGCAGCGAAUCCAAAAGUCCAAUCGUAAAUCAACUCGUGGUUAUCCUGUUUAACUAUAUAACUGUAUAACUGUACCGCGCAGCCAUAAAGCCAUAAAAACAAUUGAACAAAAAAUGUAAAGCUCGCGAUAAGGGAGAGUGAGUGAUAACGCCGGGCUACCGUUAAAAUCUUAUCAACAGCAGACACCCAGUUGCACUUCAGUUGCUAAAGUUGUCGAAUAUUUCUUGUUGACUUCCACAGAAAGAGAGAGAGAGAGUUGUUUUGUGUUCUGAACUCAGAAAAAUGCGUGGCUAUUAAGGCACUCGACAAGCGGAAACACAGAGGCCCAAUCCCGAUUCCGAAACCGAUUCCUCCUGCCCCCCGGUAGCACAGAAAAACAUUCAAAAUUAUACUCGAAAUGGAUAUGACCUCAACAGCGGAGGCUGCCGCUCGCAGCUGGUACGACAGUCCGCGCUUAGGGGGCGGCGGUGGCUCCUCCGGCGGCGGCGGCGGCGGCGGCAACGGGGGCGGCCUCUCGCCCCAAACGAACGGCCUUGGCAGCGCCGGCAGCAGCCUGGCCCACAGCCACCACAGCCUCUCCAGCGGCGCCAGCUCGGCGGGCAGCAGUGUGGGCGUGGGCGCAGCGCUGGGCGGCGGCGGCGGCUCCGGACUGGACACCAGCGACAUGAGCGCCUUCUACGCGCUGGAGAGCAACGGACACCACCGGCGCUACUAUCCCAGCUACCAUCAGCACACAUCCCGCAUGCCCUCCACCCAUGCCACGCCCCAAGUGUGCCGGCCCCACUUCCACACCCCGCUGAGUCCCUGGCUGACCAGCGAGCACAAGUCCUUCGCCCCCGCCAGCGCCUGGAGCAUGGGCCAGUUCGCCUGCCCCCAGGAGCCUCAGGUGGAGCACAAGCUGGGCCAGAUGGGCCAGAGCCACCAGACGACGGCCGCCGGUCAGCACUCGUUCCCCUUCCCGCCGACGCCGCCAAAGGACUCCACGCCCGACUCCGUGCAAACCGGUCCAUCCGAGUAUCAGGCCGUGAUGAACGCGUUUAUGCACCAGCAGGCCACGGGCUCUACCUCACUGACGGACGCCAGCUGUGCGCUGGAUAUCAAGCCGUCGAUCCAGAACGGCAGUGCGAGCGGAUCCUCCGGCAGCGGCGCCACCCACACGUCGGCGCCCAAGCAGCGCGAAGGUACUACCAGCACCACUAAUUCCAGCUCCAACUCCACCAGCAGCAGUCAGCAGCAGCAGCAACAGCAGCAGCAGCAGCAGCAGAGUAACAGCAACAGCAACACCAACGCCAGCAGCAACACAUCCGCCUCGUCCGCCGCAGCAGCAGCUUCUUUGUCCGCCGCCGCUGCAGCCGCCUCCGCAGCGAGUCAAUCCUCGAACGGAUUGUUCGACGGCACGGCGCAGGCGUACAGCAGCGGGGGGAGUGGCAAUGGGGGCGGCAGCGGUGGCUACGACGGCUCCUAUGCCUCGUACCACCAUGCGGCGGCGCACCAUCAAGCGGCGGCGGUGGCGGCGGCGAAUAUGUUCCAAAGUUCCUCGGUGGCGGCGGCUGCAGUGCGUCAUAGUAUGGCCGCGGCGCAGGCGCACCAUCAUCAUCAUCACCAUCACAGUGGCCACCAUCACAGUGGAGCCUCCUCGGGCAUGCACGGCCUGGGUGGCUCGGUGGGUGGUGGCAGUGGGGGCGGCACCGCCGGCAUGGGCAGCAUGAGCGGCGGCAGCGGCGGCGGCGGCGGUGCGGCAUCGCUGAGCGGUCACAGCGGCGGCGGCGGGAGCAACGCCGGACUGGACAUCAAGCCCGUGCGGACCAAGCCGCGGACAAGUGCUGAGGGACGCGAGUGUGUGAACUGCGGCGCCACAUCGACGCCACUGUGGCGACGCGAUGGAACGGGACACUAUCUGUGCAACGCCUGUGGCCUGUACUAUAAAAUGAACGGCCAAAACCGACCGCUGAUCAAGCCAAAGCGAAGACUGACCCUGCAAUCGCUGCAGAGUGCGGCCAAAAGGGCGGGCACAUCCUGCGCCAACUGCAAGACCACAACCACAACCCUUUGGCGACGAAAUGCCAGCGGCGAACCCGUGUGCAACGCCUGCGGAUUAUACUACAAGCUGCACAAUGUCAAUCGUCCGCUUACAAUGAAAAAGGAGGGCAUCCAGACGCGUAACCGCAAGCUGAGCUCCAAGUCCAAGAAGAAGAAGGGUCUGGGAGGCGGCUGUCUGCCAAUUGGAGGACAUUUGGGCAUGGGCGACUUCAAGCCACUGGAUCCUUCUAAAGGAUUCGGCGGCGGCUUCUCGGCCUCCAUGGCUCAACAUGGACACCUCUCGAGCGGACUGCAUCCGGCACAUGCGCACAUGCAUGGCAGCUGGUACACCGGCGGCAUGGGCGCCCUGGGCGCCUCCAGCGGACUGCAGGGCGGCUUCUCCACCGCCGGCUCUCUCGGCGGAGCGGUGGUGCCCCACUCGCAGCCCUACCACUUGGGCCUCAGUUCGAUGGGCACCUGGCGCACUGACUACACGUGAUGGAGCGGGAAUAACUUGAACAACAAUCUGUUCAGUUAGAGCCGCGACUCACCCACUCCUCAAUCGACUUGAUCGAGCAGUGAAUAAAUCGAGACAAAACGAAACAAAGAAGAAGAGAAAAGUAAACCAGACAAAACACAAUGCCAAACUGAGGACUCCUUGGCCAGCAAUUGACAGUGGCACCGAGCCCUUGACGAACGCUGGCUAUUCCUAAUUGUAAACAUUGCGUGCAAUUUUUAAUUAUUUAAGCUUUGUCGCUGUUGUUGCUGCUAUUGCGAGCCGAGUGGCCCGGCAGCAAUAACAAAAGCCCCAUUAAAAUUAAUUAAAGGGCUGCACAUUACUUUUAUUUUAUUUUUCCUUUAUGGCUUUUCUGUGAGUGUUUGUAUAGUUUUUCCUUAUGUUUCAUAUUGCGCUUAAUUAAUUUAAUUUCUCGCCGCAAAUUCAGUGUAUUUAAUUGUGCUUUAUGAACUGCCAUAAAAACAGAAUGAGGGGGAAAUUUCAUAAAUAUUUAUUGUGUACAUAUAACAGAAAACGAGAAUCAAGCACACAGAGAACUAAAAUUAUUAUUAUAUACAAUAAACAAAAACAGUUACAAUGCACGUCCAAAAGUAAACAUUUUUGUAUAAAUUAAAACAAAAUAACAAAAAUCGUACAUAUAAGAAAAGUUGCUUGAGAUGUUUGUCCUAAUUCGCAAAAUGCAAUUGAAAAUUGCACAAAUACUUUAGAGCGUAUGCCUACUGUAAACUAGUUAAAUUCUUAGACUCUAAACAAAACAGACGUGAUAAACAAAAAGUAAAAUCUAUAUAUAUAAAUAUUAAUAUAACAAAUUUCACUAAAGCGCGCCAUUAGCAAUUGUAAAAUAAAUUUAAAAAAAGGCAGAGAGGGAAAAUGUUUUUGAUUGAAAGCAAAGGCCGCCGUCAACUUUUUAAACUAAAAACACACUUUAAUGUUCAAUGUUAAUACCUAAGUCUUAAAAAUAUACACACAUACACAUUAAAAUAUGCAUAGACUUAAGCGUAAUGUAAUAAAUUUAAUUAAAUUAAAUGUUAAAGGCAAUUUGUAAAAUACAUUUGUUAGCAAUUUUUGUAAAAUUAUAGAGAAAACAAAAAAGAAAAAUCGCAAAAAAAAAAAACAAAUCCAACUAAACAUAAAACUGUAACCCCCUAAGUUGUGUGUAUAAAGCCAGUUUAGUCCUAACCUAAUUUAUGUCUGAGGUAUAAACAGAAUACGAUAUGUAUAACUAUAUAUAUAAAUAUGAUGUAUUAUGUGCUAAGUGUAAACGAUAAAUGUAUUGUAAUUUGGCCAUAUUGAUAGUUGAAUAUAUAUAAAUCAAAGCAAAAAGUAAUGUUUAUUUAAAAGCGAAACAAAAAAAAUGGAAAAUUGUAUUA